CUCUCUCAGUGAGUGAGCCCUUCUCCAACCGGUAGCAAACCUAAAGCCCCAGGCGAAUAAGGCCAGCUCUGAAAGCAAACGAUCGCAUCUACAAACAACAUCCCUACCAUUUUGUCAACCUCCGCACAAAAACGCAUCGACGUCGCACCGAACGAACCCUCUUGCUACGACACUUCGAAUUAACAACAUUGUAUUCCAGCAGCAUACUCGCUUUGUUGAUCGCGACAAACCUCUAUAGUCAAUCAUGAAUCGGCCAGGUAGGACGCACCCCCCACGACGUUAUUCCUUCGCAGCCCAGACCCCGCGCUGCCAGCGAAAUCUGCAAAAACCUUCGUCAUCUUUCGUAUUUUUUCGGCACAUCAUCACGCGAGAGAGAGCUGUGCGCCAGCACUUACGCUCACGAGCUUUGUGAAACUCCCUUGACGGCUUUCAACCCCUCCGCGACCCUCAUUGACCUUGUUCGGAUGUCGCCACGAUCGCUUCAAUGGAUCUAAACGCGGAUCAGGAUCAGGCUGGGGGCAUGUCGGAGAGAUUGCCAUGGGCAGAGUCUGGAUGGUCAAGCAAUAAGCAAGCAAGCGAGCAAUGACAGGAUAACGCUGACGAUGUCAUCGAAUCGUAGGGGCAGUGCCACAGACACUCCGCGGGAUGCCUGGUGGCUUUGGAGGUCAACAGCAACCCCAACAACCAGGACGAGCAGGAACGAGCCGAUUACCGAACGGAAAACUAGGUAUGCGCUUCAGAAGUGAUUGCGAUCUCCGCGCUGUUAUUUUGGCUGGGUCGCAUCGAGGACGGCCUAAGGCUAAUACCAGGCGACAAAUAUAGGGAAUAACAACUCUGGCUGGGCGUUUGGAGGGGUUCCCAUGGCGGGAGCAGGUCCCCAAAACGCUGCUCGUCAACUUGGUGGAAACGUGAGCUUCGCACAGAGCUUGUCGGGAUCUCAACCUGCAACAUCACUCGACCUAUCCGAAUUCCCAUCAUUAUCGAACAACGCGCAGAUGUCGAACCCCAACCAGUCGUCUAUGUGGUCGACAGCCGGAUCGCGAAACCUGGGUGGUCCCAGUCCGCGCAACCAAGCUACCCCUCAGCAAGGUGGCCAGGAUGAUAUGUUCAGUCCCACCUCUUCCAGAGGGCAGGGCGGGUUCAGAUUCGGUAACCAAGGCAACAUUGGACAACAAACUCAAUCAAGCAGCGUUGACGACUUUCCACCACUGAAUCAGACCUCGAAUGGCGAGAUGGGGUCAGAUCGGACGGCGAGCUUGAUGUCAUCUCUGGGCUUCAGCUCUCAGGCCGCCGGCGCUGGACCGACGGCAAGCAAUAGGGGGAAUGGUCUUCUGAACGCAUUGUCGGCCAACAGUCGAGCAAAUGAGGCCAGGUCGCCGCCUGGCAUUGGAGCCCCCGGCUCUUCAAGACCGCAAGACGGCAAGCCUCCUGGCCUGGAUGAGCCCCGGCAAAAGUCUUCCAAGGAGGAUGCGGUGCCAGACGAUACUUCUAACGCAGCGGAUUAUAACAACGCGGACUAUAGCGCCACAAAUUAUGUGGCACAAACCAUGCAAAAGAGACUCGAUACUGAGGACGUCAUUGACCCUCUGGAGGGUAUGCCAGCAUCUGACAAGUGGGGUCUCAAGGGCUUGACAACGCUGAUGAACAACUAUCCUGACUACCACGCGAUGGUUGUGGGAAUGGACCCCAACUCGCUGGGACUUGACAUCAAUUCUCAAGAGUUGUUUUCGACUCAGAUCUACUCGCUGUUUGAUGACGCACCUCCUCGGCCAGUCCUUUCCAAUGGAAGAUUUCGAUUGCCGGAUUGUUAUAAUGUGACAAAUGUGCAACCUAUCGAGAGUAAAAUUCAGAGUUUCAACGAAGAGACGCUAUUUUGGAUCUUUUACAGCUGUACGGCAGAUGUAAAGCAACAAAUGGCUGCAGUUGAGCUACAUUCACGAAACUGGAGGUGGCACAAGAAACACCAGAUCUGGUUGACCAAGGACGAGCACAUGACUCCUCAAAUAUUGAGUCCUAACCAUGAGCGAGGCUAUUACGUUGUCUGGGACACGAACUCCUGGCGCAAAGAGCGUGUAUGUGCAUCUCGGAGGGUUCUAGACGAUAUCAUCUAACAAGCGCACAGAAAGAACUCACUCUACACUAUGGCGAUCUAGAUACAACACUGGGUCAGGCACAGGUUGUGCCUUGAUAUGAGGAGUACUGAGCACCACGAUUGGAGAGAAUUUCCUUUGGAACAGGUGUGCAUGGGUGACUGAUACGUGAGAAACGUAUAAAGGGGCGUUACGGCAUCAAGACAGGGCAACUGUUUCUCGUGGGGAUGGGAUCGGACCUGGGUUAUGAAUGAACGCUCUUCCAUCACUGAGGGCUGGCUUAUCGCCUGGAUAUCGGACUGUCGUGUCAAUAAAUGAUGCUUUUCAGUUCUGCGCAAUGACUGUUUGCCUU